UGGGGCCCGGCCGGCGAUAAGUGCCGGUGGCGGCGUUCCCUGCCUGGCUGUGCGGAGCUCCAGCGGUGUUUCUGUCCCGCACGGUGUCGGUCCGGCCCGGCCAUGUCUGACCCAGCUCCGCAGCCUGCUCCCGGGGCCCCCGAAGGGGGAGCCCCCGAAGGAGGAGCUCCUGAAGGGGGAGCCCCCGGUGCGGGCCCCCCCGGGGCUCCCCCCAAUCUGAGCAGUAAUCGCCGCCUGCAGCAGACCCAGGCCCAGGUGCAGGAGGUGGUUGAUAUAAUGUGUGUAAAUGUAGACAAGGUGCUGGAACGAGACCAGAAGCUGUCAGAGCUAGAUGACCGGGCAGAUGCACUUCAGGCUGGUGCCUCAAUAUUUGAAAGUAGUGCAGCAAAACUCAAAAGGAAGUACUGGUGGAAGAACUGUAAGAUGAUGAUCAUGAUGGGAGUGAUUGGUGCCAUUAUUGUGGUGGUGAUUGGAACAUACACAUACCUGGAGUUCUGGCCCUCAAAGCAGUGGCUGGUUUUCCGUUGAAAAAUGAUGGUUGUUCCAGUUGUGCUGAACUGACUCUGGUAAGUCUGUAACAAAAUGUUUGAACCAGCAGCUCUGGGGGAAUAGGCUGCCCAAGCCAACUCUGCUUCCAGCCACCAAACACUGAGCUGCUGUGUCAUAUUCAGGGGACUACCUUCCUGUGCAUUUGAGAGUGUUAGUGGCAGCUCUAGCUCUCAGGCUGUGUUGUCUUUGGGUUUCAAUAACCUCAGAUCCUUAAGCCCAGAAAACAAUUCUCCAUUGGUGUUGGAAUAUAAGUUCAGGAUCCAAAUGAGCUCCAAGAGUAGGAUCCUGUUCACAGCAUAUCUUAGAUCAUGACUGCAAUAAAGGUAAGUACCCCAUUGUUUUGCUUCACUGUACACUUCAAACUCAUUAAAAAGAAAUGACAGAUCUUUGUCCUGUGCGGACUUAUUUUAAAAUGAGGUACUUGUGCCCUUAUCUGACCCUACAAAGGUUAGGUUGUAAACCAGUAUUCUCUGUAGCUUGGGGUUCCCUUGUGAUCAAUCUUUGUCCAGUCUUAAACAUCACCAAAAUCGUAACAGAACAAUGAACACACCGGAACAUUUCAAAAUGGUGAAUUUGGAGCAAGACAGCUAGACUAAUUCUUCAAAGGUAAAAGCUUUCCUGGGGAAGGAAGAUGUCUGGACUGGCUGGUGGAUUAAAGCAGCAUUUACAGUCUAAAAUUUCACACAGUUCAGGCCUGCACAACCUGAACGAACUAGUCAUGCUACAAUUCCUGCCAAUUUGUGUGUUGUCUUCCUGUCAGUUCUCAGCCUCAUUCAUGUAGCAGGAUAGGGAAAAUGUUUCUCAGGAUACAUGCAUUUUUAGACUGUUCACUAUGCAGUCUAAGUCUCUAGCCAAAGCUGGGGACUUGAAGGCUCACUUUCCAAAGCUGGCCAGCUACUCUGGAGCACAGAGCUGGAGCUGAACAUACUGCUGAAAGUUGUCCCAGGGUUGAGCUCAGUUCCUGAGUCAUGUUGUGGAUGCUUGCAAAGAGUUGUAUGUCUAACCAUAAAUCCUCUGGUAGGCACUGGAAAUACCAUGCCCUUCUGGGAGCUCACCCUCUGAGGUGCCAUCCUUUAACAUAUCAGCAUUUCUGCUGCUCCUGCAGAGUCUGUUAACCUGGGCAAAACAUGGUUUUAAAUGUGCUCUAAAAGCAAGGCCAAGGCUUUGGGAGAAUGGUUCUUCAUAGGUCUAAUUAAAAAUUCAAGCUCUGCCUUUAAAGGUGGAACAUGUUUAACAUGCCUUUGAAUGGGAACAGAUUGCCCAGAGAAGCUGUGAAUGCUCCAUCCCUGGAAGUGUUCAAACCAGGUUGGCUGGAGCUUUGAGCAACCUGGUCUAGUGGAAGAUGUCCCUGCCCAUGGCAGAGGGUUGGAUCUAAGGUGAUCUCUAAGGCCCCUUCCAACCCAAACUGUUCUCUGCAACAUGCAGCUCCCAUAUCAACUCUUUCAUCCUGAUGUCUUCAGAUUUGGUGGAAGAAAAGCCUCAACUAUACUGCUCUUAAAUGGAUAUGCCUUAAACCUUCAUAUUUCUAGGUGCCUGAAGCAUUGCUCUGGCCUUUUCUGAGAUCUCUGGGUGCUGAUCAAAUCAGGCUGCAAGUUCUCAUCAGUGGUGGGGUUUGUGGUCUCAGCUGGAGAGUAACCAAAUGAUGGUGGGGAAGACAGAUUUUUCCUCAGUAGCAUCAACAUUUGUUUAAUGGACCUAGCUUUCCUGUGAAGGGACAGAGGUCCCUGCUCUGAUCUAUCCACUGGGGCUGGAAGCCUUAACUUGGUGAAGGGAAGCAGUAAUGGGGAGGUAUAGAGGUUUUAUCUUUGUUCUGACCUCUUGGCAAAUAAUUACUCUCUGAGAUGUAACAGAUAAAGAUAUAGGUUUUACAAAUAGGCAUCACAGCUAUGACUCUUGGAUACUUCAGCCUCCAUACUUCUGAUAAUCUUUAACCUAUUUUUUUGCCAGAAAUAGAGUGCAAGACCUAUUCAGAACACCCUUACUUGCUCAAAUAUGACCAGCCCCUUAACUUCCUUUCCUUCACUGCACAGACCCACUAAAUGAUUUCUGUAGAGGCCAAAAUGGCACUUUCUUUUCAUGUUCUUUCCUGCCAGGCUUCUUUUCCAAAAGAAUUUGUGCUAUUUUUUUUUUAAUAAGUUUUUUGUAUCUCCAAAAAAGCUGCUAGUUUUUGUUGGUUUUUUUUUUUUUUUUUUUUAGUUCAUUGCUUUUAAGCAUGUACUUGAAAGCUGAAGGUGCUUUCCUCUCUUGUGCUCACGAGCCUCCUUUAAAUAUUGCACAUUGGUAAGUACAAAGAACUGCAAGACUGAACACAGCCAUCCCUCUGGUAUGUAGUCCAUCUCCAUCCCUUAGCUUUUAAUGAACCUGUCCAAAGAGCCUGGUAGCCCUUUCCUCAAAUUCAUUCUUGUUUUGACCUCAGUCUAUGAAAACAAACCUUGCACCUAUUUGUCCAGCUUCCCUAAACCCUCCAGCAAGCAGAGGUUAGUUCUUCUAAAUGUACUGGUUAUAUUCCCAAGUGAUGUUUUGUCUUUUUUUUUUUUUUUAAGCUUUCUUAGACAGUUAUGUUGUACUUCCUUACAUUUCCUCUAUUACCUUAAUUCUUAGAGAAAAACAGUAUUGCCCUCUGGAAGGACAAGUUUUCAGCUGAUAGCUGGGUAUGCCUGGCUACGCCUCUGUCCUUGUGUUUCUUGCCUUCUCAACCAUGCUGUGCUUAGUUUUCCUCCUUCAUGGAGGGCCUGAUGCAUUCUGUCCUUUCUCCCAGUACUUCUUUCCAUUCUCCCAGUCUCACUACACUCCAAAUUUCCUUAGAGGUUCUCAGAUUCUCUGAAGUCAUCUGAUCUCACAGUUGGAGUCCUCAGAAACUUCAGAAUCCCUACAUUUUCCAGACACUGUAUUCCUUUUCUCUGCUAGCACAUGAUUUCCAAAUGCUCUUAACACUCAAUCAGCUUGCAAAUGUCUGCCAACCCCACAGUCCCACAGAUGCUGGGGCCCUUUACCCCAUCUCUGCAGGUUGUUCCCUAUCCAAAAGAGCCCACCUCUCUUUCCUUGUAUUUCAGCAGUAUCGAACACUUAAACAAAUCUUCUAUCGUUUUAAAGCCCUAAACUCUCAUCCCUCUUACUCCUCUGUAAUUUCUCCAUUGUAUAAACAUUCCUUUUUCUCACCUUUAAAUACAUGGAACUUCCCACUUCUGUGCUGCUUACUCCUACAAAACAAACCACUCUGAUACUCCAACUUACCCACAAAAUGUUUUCUCUUGCACCUUCCUUUCCCCUUCAGGCACUUGUAUUUCUACUUCUCUGCCUUCCUCCUGCACAACAAAUGCUCCCAGUCCAAGAAGACACAACUCACUCUUCUUCAGUGUCCUGUGACCUUUAGGUGCUCUUUGCAUGUUUUCCAUGUCCUCCUAAUAACUGUGCUAUGCCUCUAACAUAUCUAAGACUACUGUGCAUUUAUAUCGCCUCAACUUUCUCCUCUGGUACAAAUCCACCCCAGCUCAGACCUUUAAUUUGUCUUUAGCUGGCCUGUAGGUCCCUCUAAACGUGCACUUUCUCCUCUUUUCUCUGUUUUUUUUCACAUUCUCAGUGAAACACUCCUAUUUUCUGCACUCUCACUCCAGCACUGCUGGACUUGCCUCUUGUUGUCAGCCAGACCAAGCUCACUAUACAUCUACUGAGCUGAUGAUUUGUGGUCUUGUCAGCCUACAAGAAGCAUAGGGAUAUUUCUGGGAGGAUCACUUGAUUUCUCUCAAGAUAGUAAUUUUUGCACUGAUUCUCAGGACAGGGAGGGCUAAUCUAUUUACCAACUUGUAUAACAGCUACUUCAUGCCUGUACAGGCUUUUAAAUCUGGAUUUACAGCCAUACGGAAUGGUGCCAUUACUUGGAGUUCAUCAGUCAAAGCUCUUGUUUUGUCCCCUCCCCCUCAUUUUAACACUUCUACAGAAGGGAGAGAAUAUGAUGCAAGCUUCCCCCAGGGAAUACAUCACCGCCUUCUACAGCUGUAUUUCUUUAUGAUGAAGAGAACUUAGUGUUUCAAGUAGUUUAUGCCUCUGAUUAAUGUUUCUUUAAUCACUCACUUAACUGUGUGUGAUGCAGCGGGUCUCAUCAGUUUUAUGGUUAUUAGAAAGUACCAUGUGAUGUGAAGAAUCGUGUCUUACUCUUCGGAUAUUCAGGAAAGAUCAUGCUCACCAAGUGAAUCAUCAUACAUUUAUGAUAUACAGUGACUGUUUUAGGUGUUGCACCUGCUCUUCCUCCUUUACUUCUCUAUCUGCCUUUCUUGCUUUAAUUGUGACCAAAGUUACUUUUAGCAACUAAACCUAGCUUUUAGCUCUGCCUCUUGGGCAGCGUUUGUACAGAAUAUGAAAGUCCCUUCAUUAAGGCAACUUAGAGAUUUCGUUCUUGAAUUACUCUUUUUUCUUCAUUUAAAAUCACCCACAGACACAGAAAGUGGACUUUUUUCGUGUUUGCAGAUGCCCCGAUUUUUUCCAGUGGCAGCCUCCCAGGAGGAAUACAUGUUCCCACACCUCAAAAUGCCUGUUGCAGGACUCUCCCUCCUGCUGGGCUGCCACCCUUGCUGAAGGACACCCCCUGAAUUGCUUGCUUCUAUUCCCAGCAGAAAGAUAUCAUCUUCACUUUCAAACAAGGGUCAUAAGCCGAGCACUGGGAUAAAAUUUGGAAAACCAUGAAUAUUUGUGCAAUAAAGAAUACAGAGUUUGUGUAUGUGAAGAAGAAUAAAAUCACUCUCUGCUGGGAAUUGAAAAGUGCCUUUAUGUAACUGAGGCAAGAGCAAUACAAUCAGCAUGUGUUUAGCAUCUCAAAGGGAAAAAUUAGGCAACAGUUUAUAGACUGUAGUAAACCCCUCCACCUUCUCAAGGGCAGUGUAUCUACCUUAAUUUUUAAAAUAACUUAAGUUUUUCUUUUGUUAUGAUUAACUAGUUUUUAAAUUCAAAAGCUGCUGUUCGCAAUGUGAUUGGGUAGAUGGUACCACAGGUCUUUGCCUAAACUAUAUGCUUAAAUUCUGGUAUCUGUGUUUGUGUCCUGUGAAGUGGAUAAUCCUGUUUGUUAAGGACAUCACCCUUGCUCUCUUGAUACCCCAUAAAGUGCUGUGUAAACACCAUUGCAUCAGAAGUCUGAAUAUUUGUAAGAAAAGAGUAUGGCAAGCUUACUGCAAGAAAUAGGAUGUGUUCUCUUAUGCAAAGGUCCCCAAAUUAGUUCCCAAAAAGAGGACCAUCUUUGCCUAUGUGGUCCAGUCGAAUAGGAUAAGGCUUUAACUGGAAGGAUUUUUGACUAAAGCCUCCAAUACUUCUCCUGUGCUUCACUUAGGAAGAAGAGCCUCAGCAGAGCCUCUGUGGGUGGACCAGGUAAGGGUUGGGUCGAGCAGAACAGGCACUGCAGGACCUGUGCUCUUCUGAUCUUUUGUGGAAUCCCAUGGUAGCAGAGGUACUGUUUGGGGUUUUUGGAGGGUGUGCAUAAUGCUGCCAAACUCUCUUUGUUUCCAUUGUGAAAGCAGGGAGGGCCAAGCAGAUGUAGAGGUCAAUUUGUCCUAGACCUGUUGGCAAACAUUUAAAUCGCUGUAUGUACGGGUGUAUGGUGUAUCACAAGGAAGGGAGGCUAUACACCCAAGAUCUACCAGUGCAAUACAGGCAGCUUGAAAAGGGAAACCUGGCACUGCCAGAGGUGUUUUGUCCCAGAUCUGGGAGUGGCAGCAAGCGUCAAUCACCUCUCCAGAGAAUUGUGCAUAGUAAUGGUUGAGAUUAUGCCCGUGGCUGUUGUCUCAAGUAGCCUCUUCUCUGAGGGAGAAGGGAGUGGAUGGCAAUGUUGGGAUCAGAGCCAGAUAUUAGCAACAAGGAAAGAGCAACCAGUUUCCGACUUUAGGGAGAGCUUAACAAAGCUCAGCAUGUUGAGAGAUUAGUACCCCGGCUGAGGCUCCAUUCUUGUCCCCUGUCAUACCACAGAGGAGGCCAGUCACACCUGCCAAACCUCUUUAAUUAACAACAGACCAGAACGGUGGCAGCAUCCUUGUUGCAGGGAAAAGCAAGCAUGCACGCAUGUGUAGGUGUGCACAGGCACAGAGUGUAAGGAAAUCAAGAGGACAUCUCCCCCUAUACAUAGACUGGGUCAACUCUCAUCCCUGGCAAUCCCCAGAGCAAUAGUAUUUUAUGAGACCGAAGAAUUCACCUAGAGUAGUGAAAGCAAUGAACCCAGGCCAACCACAGAGCAGUCUUCUGCUAUGGUCCAGGUGCAGCACCCAAGAAAGAAGGAAACACAGGUCCCACAGACAAAGUGUGCAGCCUUUGCUCCAGUUGCCACCCAUCUGAACGGUGGAACAAGCUGCUGCCUCAGUCGUGUCCCACCUCACCAUCCCUGCUUGGCCCACGUGGUUCCAGGCUGUUAUAGGAUGGCAGUGUGGUCACUACAGCCUCAACAGUGAAGCGAUGUGGAGAACCGAGACCUGGUGUCUCGUCCUGGAAUGCAGUGUUGUCAUGACUGUUUGGAGAGGGUCCCGGAGGAGAGAGCUUCUGCCGGGAACGGAACCAGCGGAAGGCCAAGAUAAAGGUGAUGGCGAUGAAAUCCAGAAUCAGCUCUACAAGCUCCAUCACAGACAAGACAGAGGAUCCAAACCAGAGACUCCACUGGUUCCCAAGCUGGGACAGCAGAGUCACUACCUGCAAGAGAUGGAGAAAGAGCAAUGAGGACAGCCCUCAUUCAAGACUUUUGCCUCCCUGCCUUUUCCUGCUAUCAGUGCCCCUGUGGUGGUGGGGAUUCCUCUCACCAUGCCACAGGAAAAGAGACUGGAUAGCCAGCAACGCUGCUGGAACAAACACGUUCCACUGUGGACAGCCAUUGUAUGGGAAUGGGUAGCUAGAGAAGCCAUGGUAAUAAAGUGUAUACCGUGAAGGCCGGAGACUCCCCA